GGUCUGCAUUGUGGUAUCUGUUACUGUGUUCGUUGUUUCUGUCUCACAGUUGGGGCUUUCUUCUGCAAACGUCUGGGAUGGUGACAGGUCCCCAGACAGAGAAGAGAGGUACUGGGGAAGCACGUGUGUCUGCGUCCAUGCGUGUGUGUAUCCACGCACGUGUGCAUGUGUGUGGCAAAGCAGCGACGCUCCGGGAAGGGUUAACUUGCAGUCAGGCCGCCUGUGCUCAGGGCCCUCCGGCUGGCCUGGGAAUGGAAAGGGGUGGGCCUGGAAGGUGGGAGCGGGCUUGGCUCGCAUGAGCUGCCCUUUCCAAGACAGGAGUGCAGAUGCUUGCCCAGCUGGACUGAGCGUGCUGAACUCAAGUCGCCUUGGGGAAUGGCUGCAGAAGCCCACACCUGGACAUCACCCCCCGCACCCGCUGCCCCUCCACGGCAGGUUGCAUUUGGGAGCCUCUCUGGCCGGUCUUUAGAGGAGUGAGCCGAGAGGGAGCCGUUCGCGGGCUCACCGGCACCUGGUGGAAAGCAGCAGGCAAGGAUGGAUGUGGUCGACAGCCUUCUUGUGAACGGCAGCAACAUCGCUCCCCCCUGUGAACUGGGGAUCGAAAAUGAGACGCUUUUCUGCUUGGAUCAGCCCCGUCCUUCCAGAGAGUGGCAGCCAGCCGUGCAGAUUCUGCUGUACUCCCUAAUAUUCCUGCUCAGCGUGCUGGGAAACACGCUGGUCAUUACGGUGCUGAUUCGCAACAAGAGGAUGAGAACGGUCACCAACAUCUUCCUGCUCUCCCUGGCUGUCAGCGACCUCAUGCUCUGCCUCUUCUGCAUGCCGUUCAACCUCAUCCCCAACCUGCUCAAGGAUUUCAUCUUCGGGAGCGCCGUCUGCAAGACCACCACCUACUUCAUGGGCACCUCUGUGAGUGUAUCCACCUUUAAUCUGGUGGCCAUAUCGCUGGAGAGAUACGGUGCAAUUUGCAAACCCUUACAGUCCCGAGUCUGGCAGACAAAAUCCCACGCUUUGAAGGUGAUUGCUGCUACCUGGUGCCUCUCCUUCACCAUCAUGACGCCGUACCCAAUUUAUAGCAACUUGGUGCCUUUUACCAAAAAUAACAACCAGACCGCGAAUAUGUGCCGCUUUCUACUGCCAAACGAUGCUAUGCAACAGUCCUGGCACACGUUCCUGUUACUCAUCCUCUUUCUGAUUCCUGGAAUUGUGAUGAUGGUGGCAUAUGGACUAAUCUCUUUGGAACUUUACCAAGGAAUAAAAUUUGAUGCUAGCCAGAAGAAGUCUGCUAGAGAAAGGAAGACGAGCGCCGACAGCUGCAGCAGAUACGAGGACAGCGACGGCUGUUACCUGCAGAAGUCCAAGCGCCCGAGGAAGCUGGAGCUGCAGCAGCUGUCCACCAGCAGCGGCGGCAGGGUCGGCCGCAUCAGGAGCAGCAGCCCCGCCGCCAACCUGAUGGCCAAGAAGCGCGUGAUCCGCAUGCUCAUGGUCAUCGUGGUUCUCUUCUUCCUGUGCUGGAUGCCCAUCUUCAGCGCCAACGCCUGGCGGGCCUACGACACCGCCUCGGCCGAGCGCCGCCUCUCCGGGAGCCCCAUCUCCUUCAUCCUCCUGCUCUCCUACACCUCCUCCUGCGUCAACCCCAUCAUCUACUGCUUCAUGAACAAACGGUUCCGCCUCGGCUUCAUGGCCACCUUCCCCUGCUGCCCCAACCCCGGUCCUCCAGGAGCGAGAGGCGACGCGGCGGCGGAGGCGGAAAGCAGGACCUCGCGGGCCUCUCUGUCCAGGUGCUCGUCCGGCCCCGGCCACGCGAGCGCCUCUGCCCCGCCCCCGUGAGCUGCGCCCGGCAGCCGGGGCGGAAGGAUGGAGCGGGGGCUGAGGGGGAAAGCAGAGGAGGAGGGAAAGAAGAAAGCCGGAGGAGGAGGAGGCAGGAAGUGGAGGAGGAGGCAGGCACCAUUCCCGGCGGGAACAGCUUAACAAGUCCACCUGGCAUCCUUCAUCCGGGUUCCAGGGGAAGACUUCCAGGCUGCGGCCAUGGCUAAGGCCCCACCUUAGUUCCUAGCAGGACAUUUUCAAUAACAUUCACCAUCAG